GUGUUAACAACCACUGGGAACACCAGACGCAUCUAACCUAAUAUUAUUUAAUUAUUAAGUAUUACUCAUAUUAUAUAUUAAACCUCUUUUAUGAUUUCAAAAAGUAAAUAAAGUAAUUUAAAAAUAAUUGUUUAAAAAUGGAACGUCGAGGUUUUUAAAAAGAAAUGGCGGGAAAUUGUUAAUUAAAAAUUGUUCGAUGACUGAGAAUAAAUUUGUAUUUGCUGAAAAGUUUUUAAAUUUAAUUUUAUCUUGAAUUAACACUUCAGAAGUGGGAUAUUUUCAAAAUGUCUGGACCUUACAUGGGUGGAUUGGGGAAACGACAAAGAAACAGUAAAACAGAAAGUUCGGAAGACGAAAAUAAUGGAAUUUUUUUUUCGGAAAACGAUGAACAAUGCAAGAAUGUGAAAAGAAGAAACGUUGCCCCUCGUGAUGCUGAAGUUAUACCAAAAUUUCGCCCUGAGGAUAGCAACAGUAAUGUGAUGGGGUGGCUUCACAAAAUCGAUCAGUUGGGAGAUAUUUAUGGAUGGGAUGACACUGAUCGCAUAUUUAUCAUGCAACUUCGAUUACGCGGUUCUGCAAGGGACUGGUACGAAGAUUUAGAAGAAUAUAAUAUGUCGUGGGAAGAGUGGAAGAAUACACUACACACUGCUUUUCCUAGAUCGACUGAUUAUGCUGACAAACUGGAGCGAAUGCUGGCCAGAACAAAAGAAGACAAAGAGACAAUGACUAAAUAUUACCACGAGAAAUUGUCCCUACUACGAAAGUGUAACAUCUACGGUGAAAAUGCUAUUUCGUGUAUAAUUCGAGGCUUGCCGCUGGAGUUGAGGGCUAAUGCAAAGGCAUACAGUUGUGAAACUCCCGAACAACUGUAUUAUGGCUACUUAUCGGCACUGGAGAACCUGAAACCCGUGGUUUCAACCAGUACACGUAGAUCUUCAUGGGUGAGAGGAAACGCUGUGCAAUGGAACUUCAAUGGAACUUCGACUGUUCAACAACAGCCCAAGAAUUGCUAUGUUUGCCGGCGUCCAGGACACGAAGCAAAGGAUUGCAGACAACAACAGCGCUGCGAGAACUGUCGGCGCCGCGGACACACCACGGCUACGUGCUGGUUUGCUCCGAGUUGUUCACGCCAUCAGCGACAGAAGGUUAGCUAUAUAAUGCAUAUAACUUAUGUCAUAUUUUGUGACAUUUAUAAGAGAACUGUGAUCGUUAAUAAUCGCCAGAUAGUAGCGUACGUCGAUACUGGUAGCAAACUGAACAUUCUUUCAAUUUUGCGAGCAAAAGAUUUACAAUUAGAGAUUCAACCUAGCGCUACAGUUAUGAAAGGUUUUGGCGGCGCCUGUGUGAAUUCAUUAGGCACGUGUUAUCUGUGUGUUGCAAUAGACAAUGUCGAACUAAAAGGCGCAGUAGAAUUGACUAGCUGUCUUACAUUUGAUGUUGAUUUAAUAAUUGGCCAAACAAUGAUUAAUACUGACAAUAUAAGUUUAAUAACUUCUGCUACUUCUAUUCGUUUUGUGCAAAAUAAUGCUUUACAAGAAAUAUUUACUGACAAUAAUUUGAAAUCAUCAGAUUUUAAUAGAAAAUACCCAAUCUAUUUAAAGCACUCCGUAAAUAUUCUUAAAGGGAACCAGGUAUUCGUAGAAGUAUAUAUUGAUUGUGAUAUAGAGUUACGAGCAGAGUCCACAUUUUUGACACGAACUGUAUGGGUGCAAUUAGGUAAUAUAAUGUAUUUCAUACCUGCAGCUGUCAUCAAGUCGCACAAUACCUAUUUAAAAAUUCUUAACUUAGGUAAUGUUAAUCUGUCGUGGGGCGCUGAUAAAUUAAUAGCUAGAGCAGAACUAGUAACCAUGCCAGAGACGAGUAGUGAGCCUGUGGUUCUUAAUAUAGACAAUUAG